GCCAGUGUGUUGCGAAAACUCAGCGAAAUAUAUCAUUUUUCGCGAGAUUCGCCGGCAUAUAAUUUUUUCGAAGGUAGGAGGGUUGUACACGGCAAGACCGUUCAUCGGACGUACUCGAGGGGGAGCGAGCGAUUCGCAGUACACACACUGGUAUACCGUCUACGCGCCGAUACGGGCCGCGGUUUCGUAUUCGAUGCAAACUCGUCGCGAGUUAUCGCAGAACCCGAGGCCGUCUCUGAAAAAACCGACGCAGUCGGUUAUUCGCCCGUGUCGAUUAUCAAUCGUAUCGACGUGAAUUUUAGUUGAAAAUAUCAUAUCAAGAUAAUAUAACCUUUCAAACAUUUUUCACGCAUUUUUUUGAAAGCGCUUCAAAACUUUACUUUCUCCGGAAGGUUAGGUUGGCGGACCGAAAGAACGUCCGGGCACCCGACAAACAUCGAUACGGAUCUGGUUACCGGGCAUAGCAGGGCGCGGGCCGUGCGCGGAGGGGACUCGCAAAUUCACACGCGCACACAUAGCACGUAUACAUUGGCGUACGGCCAACAGCGAAUUCGUUCGCCGGCUCCCAACAAGAACGCGUCGUCGCCGACAUACACAGCGUGAGAGCGCCAACCUAACCGAGGGGGAACAUCAUACAUAUAGAUACACCGCUAUUAAUCCUACGGUCGUGGGCGAGUCGUUCGUGGAAAUGGCCGGGGAAAAGCGCAGCCAGGAUCAAGAUGAGACCUUACUCGCGAGGACGGUGCUCGUCGACAUCGAGGGCACCACCACGAGCAUCAGCUUCGUAAAGGAAACCCUCUUCCCCUAUGUGCGUCAGAAUUUGAAAAAUUAUAUUGAAACAAAAUGGGAGGUUGAGGAGUUCAAACAAGACUAUGAAAAGUUAAAGGAGCAGGCAAAGAAGGAUGAGGAAGAUAAAUUAGAUGGCUUUGUAGCAAUUGCUGGUGAUAAGCCUGAAGAAGAGAAAGAUUCGCUUUUAAAAAACAUUCUGUGGCAAAUGGAUAACGAUCGUAAAACAGGCGCGUUGAAACAAUUGCAAGGACAUAUGUGGCGUGAAGCAUAUGAAACAGGCGCAGUUAAAGCUCAUGUUUAUGAAGAUGUUCCGAAAGCAUUUGAAUUAUGGACGAACGAUGCGAGAAAAAUAUAUGUUUACUCAAGCGGUAGUGUUGAAGCGCAAAAGCUCCUUUUUGGACAUUCUAUAAAUGGCGAUUUGCUGAAGUAUUUCAGUGGUUUCUUUGAUACAGAAGUAGGUGCCAAGCAAGAAUGUGAUAGCUAUAAAAACAUAUUAAGUAAAAUUGACGAGAAACCAUCUAAUGUUGUUUUUCUUACUGAUGUUGUAAAAGAAGCCGCAGCUGCCAAGGAAGCAGGUAUAUCAACAGUUAUUGUAGUACGUGAGGGUAAUGCCGCUUUGACUGAUGAAGAAAAACUUACAUAUACGACUAUUAAAUCGUUCUUGGAUUUGACAUUUCAAACAUCUACGAAACGGCAAAAGUUAGAAACAACGGAUGAAAAAGUUGACGAAGGUACGACUGGCAACAGUGAACCAAUGGAUACUUCUGAAGAUGUAGAAAUGACUGACGUCAGCGAUAAAAAAGUCGAAAAAAACGAUGCGAAGGAAACGAUUAAAUCGGAAGAAGCGGAAUGUGCAAAGAAGCAACUAUCAGAAGAUGCUUCGACUUCCGCGGCGCAAAAGGAAGAACCAGUGGCGAUUGAAAAAGAUUCUUCAAAUUCUGAACGUGAGACUCCAACUACAGAAUCAAAUGAUGCCAAAUCUAAGGAUAAGAUUGAAGAUACAAGUUCCUCUGAAGGUGCGAAGCAGACUAUGAAGGAUGGCGCUGCGACGUUAGCCAAAAAAGACAGCGAUAAAGUCACACCAGAAAAGACUGAAGAUAACUUAGAUGUAGCCGCAACUGAAGUUACUCCCGAUGACUCCAUGGAUGUAUCUGUGCCAGAGACUGUGUCAAAAUCUGAAAAUACUUCCACGUCUUCCGAGAAAAAGACUGAAGACUCCAUAGACGUUGCGAAAGAUGCCCAGGCUGAAGUAGCCGAUAAAACUCAAAAGGUUGAAAGUAACGAAAAGGUAGAUGACGGACCGCAGUCACAAACUAGUGACAAAAAUGAUAAACCUGAAGAAAGCUUGAAAACGGAAAAGGAGGAGGUUAAAGAAAAAUCAAAGAUUGUUUCCGGCACGUCUGAAAGCAAGGAUAUUUUAGCAAAGAGUGAACAAGAAGAAGUAACAAAAAUGGAAACAACUGCGGCAGAAAAUGGUGAGAUUACAGAGCCAGCUGUGGAAAAAACCACAGUACCGCCAAAGGUAACAGACACGGAAGCAACAACCAGUACGACAGAUGUUAAAAAAGAAGCAACGACUGAAACACCCGUGGAGAAAAGUUUGGAAACAGUCGCAGAAUCCGAAAAGGCGGAUGAAAAGACGCCCCAAGGCAUAAAAGCGGAGGAAACGGUAGCAACUGAUGCUGAGAAACGUGAAAACGAACCUACGAAGGAUGCAAUGAAGGAAGAGGAAGCGGCGGCAGCGGCAGUGAAAGAAGAGAAUGUGGUAGACGCGAAGGACAAAAAUACAGUGGACUCGGAAAAGCAAAAGCUUAACGGAACCACGCAAAACGGAGAUACAGAUGUGCCAGUGUUGGAUGGCAAAUUACAUAGUAACGGACUGAACGAAGGGUCAUCGAAGGAGACGACGAGCAAGGAGGCGGCAGCGCAAAACGGUGAGCCGGAAAGUUCGUCAGAAAAUAGUGCCGAGUCUAUAAAAGUUAAAAAGGUCGUCGAUUCCACCGUAGCUGACGGUGCCGGAGAACCCGACGUUGUUCCUCCUGUAGUUGUAGCGGCGACGUCUUAACUUUGUUCUUAUACAGUUUAAGGAGCCCUUCAUGCAUAACCCCAAUCCACAAGUACUUAUUCGCAGGUAUAAACUGAUAUAAAUUGAUUCCAUAUACUUUACGUAAAUCGUACCGCGUCAACGACGUCGUUACUUUAAGAUGUAGUUCGUAAAACUACCGUUCGUUUCGGCGACUAUAACUAAAGGGGAAAAAAGAAAUAGCAGGAUGAUACGAAAGACGCUUGAGAUUUGAUUUGAUUGUUUCUUAGGUACCACGAUAUAACUGUACAUUUUACUCUUUUUGGUGGCGAAACAGGCUGUUUCUAUUCGUAUGACAUCGAUAUCGUUAGUGUUUUAUGUUGACUCGUAUAUAUACUGAAUUACGUUCCCUAUAUCGUGAAAGUCGACUUAUAUUGUUAGUUCCAAUCACAUGUGCUUUCCCUAAUAAUGAUUCAUCUUCGAUUAUUGACGAUUUUUAUGAGGGAAGACAGUGACCUAUGACGAUUCAACUUGCAAAACUUUCUUAGCUGUAAUUUCGCGCGUGAUCGGUCUAGAAGUAAUCGAACGUCAUCGGUCGUAAUAGAUGUUUUUGAGAAUCUUUUUUCCAGCGCUACUAUUACUUUUUACACGACAUAUAUUGACGUCUCUUUUAUACCGCCUAAACAGAACGAUUAUACGUGAAAACUAAUAGGAUAGGAUCCCAAUAUAGUUGCAGUAUGUUAAAAUAUCGAUUACAUCUGUGCCAAAUAAAUUUCGCAGUUCGAAGUCUGACUUUCUUCUUUGGUUUUUUUUUUCUUGACGAUUUGAUAUACAUAUAUUAUUAACUAAUCGAUGUUUUAUUUUACUGCUAUAAUCAUUAAACUGACUAAUUAAUUUAAGACUGAAUUUGCAACGCCUUGAACAGUCUCUGGCCUUUAGAUUAUAUCAUGGACUUUCAUCGCACACAACGUAUUUAACUUUGAGAACUGAUAAAACAAUGCAUUUCGUAUCUAAAUAUUAUAAUUACUGUGGAUACAUCGCGCAGUAAUAUUCACUCGAUUGCGUUAAGUUUUGCUCAUUGCGUUUUUGUUGUAGAAGAUAAUUAGAAAUUUUUUAAUCAUAGGGCUUUUAUGCAUCGAUACGCUUUCUGCCAUCGUUUGUCUGCCUAACAUGGUUCGCAUAAUGUCAUUUUCUUUUUCAUAAUGGACGUUACAAUACGUAAUCGAUAACGAGUUAUGUCGCGAAAUAUUUUGUCGAAAUGUUUGAAACUUUUAUUUUGAUAUUCUAUUGUGCAAGUUAAUUUGGAAUCGAUUUUAGAGGCGAAUGAUUCUAAAUUGGUUACUUGAUUAAAUUGACCCGGUGAUUAUAAUUGAUGUUACGUAACCAAUUAGAUCCACUCUCUUCUAUAUUGAAUUGUGACGAGAUUUGAAAAGAUAAAAAAGUACUCGCGGAAGAGCAUAUCGAUUCGUAGAUUUACUCUGUCAUUCCUGUAAAUUGAUAGAUGCAAAGUCCACGCGUAAUGCUUAUUACAUCAUCGCGCUUAAAUGUAAUCCAAGUGGAUAAGCGAUAGCAAAUCGAACAUUGUAAUUUUGUAUCGAUUACUUCACUUAAAUUACAAUAUAGUAAUAUAAAUUUAUUACGCGUAGACUUUUGCGCAUUUUUGUGAUGCUCAAUAUGGUUUUAAACCGCACAUAUAAACAUUAUAUUAGAAAAUAACAAUAGCGAUUAAAAUGGGAUCGCGUUUUCGGCAUAGAAUUGAUUAUUAUUACGUUUACUGUUAUUCAUUAUGUCCAUUCCUUAAAUUGUCUGUGAUUUUAAUGUGAAUAUUGAUAGAAAUAGGUUCUCUCCCGAAACGAUUCGUUGUUAUCAAUGCGCGAAGACGAUUGUCUUUGUUUGGUGAUAUUCCGUUGCGAUUAUUAUUUUUAUUCGGAUAUAGCAUGCCCGCGUCUAGUCGAGAUCACUGGCGGAGAUUUCUAUAGAUCGAUAGACGAUUUCGCAUCGUUCAUUUAUGUUACGUUCGCCGACUAUGCUAGGGAGACCGCGAUGAAAGGAACACGACGUGUCUCAAAUGUCUACGCAAGUACGCGUAUAACAAAGCGAACGGGAAACCGAUACUGAGCAAACACAAUUUGAUAUUUUACAAUAUAUAUACUCUUGACAGACCUCGCAUA